CCUCCCAUCUCUCUAAACCCACGACCACACGCUCAUUCUUUCAGGUAGAGCUGAGCGCGCAGUGCCCAUUGUCACUUGUUCAGUUGUCUCGCUCGCUCGCCCUCUCUAUCUCGACAGGUCCACAAUGGUCUUCUACGACGACCCCGUGUUCGCGUCCUUCGCGACUCACGCCACCGUGGUCCUCUUGAAGAUGAUGCUGAUGGGACCGAUCACGGGGUUCUAUCGCUUCUCCCGCAAGGCGUUUUCCAACCCCGAAGACUGCAUGGGCAAUAAGGAGGAGGCAAAGAAGAGCCUGCGUACCGACGCGAGCGUGGAGCGCGUCAGGAGGUGCCACCAGAACGACAUCGAGAACAUCCUGCCCUUCCUCGGCGUGGGGCUGCUGUACGCGCUGUCGGGGCCCGACCCGUGGAUCGCGCUGCUCCACUUCCGCGUGUUCCUGGCGUCUCGCAUCGUGCACACCAUCGCGUACCUGGCGCCGCUGCCCCAGCCGACGCGAGCCAUCGCCUACCUGCUGGGCGUCCUCUCCACCUUCUCCAUGGCCGUGGCGGUGAUGAGGCUCCGAAUCUUCGUCUGAGCCGGGCGGUUGGGGUGGUCCCCCGAUUCGGCUUGGGGGGCGCCGGACGCAACCGAGUGGCCGAAGGGUGAAGGUUGCGAUGGUGGAGGAGGCGCAGAGUGGUUUUAGGUUAGCCAAUUAGAUGAUCAAACAUUAACAACAAACUAGCCGAGUCAUAAACUAGUCCUAACCCUCUCACAGUGCUCCUGACUAGCCCACCGGCCACGAGUAGUAUCUCUAUCCCUAACCAACGAGCAACAGCCGUCUUGCUAACCAUAACCCUUCCUUUUAAUCCAAACAAAAUUUCCAACCAGGCACUAGUGCUAGCCCUCUCAAUGAUGCUACCUCCACCCAUAACUCCACCUCAUGUGCUUUACCAGGGACCCUCUUAAAUGUUUCGUUCACUUUUCAAGCGUUGCCCUCACAGCUCUGAGAGGCCGAGGGAUCUAGAGGUGCCAAACCUCCGCAAAAUACCCACACAAAAGACCCAAGCAAAAGACCCACGUGCAAAUCGCUCCGGCGUUCCCGGUGGCAGGGUUUAUACACAAGCUCUCCCUGGGGCAACACUAUCUUGAGCCUUUACUGUUCCGAUGACGUACGUGUACGUAAUCAGUUUUUCUUCCGAUUCCAUUCCGAUGAUGUACGUGUACAUCAUUAAAACAAAAACGGUAGAAAAAAGCUAAAAUAACAUAACUUUAUCAGUACCGAGGCUCUCACAAGGCACAGUUUGGUGCCAGCUAUCGUAGAGUGUGGUCGUGUUACAUACAGUUCUCUGCGGUGAGUACAAUGUCUUUAAAAACAACGGCGCUAUCUAAAUAAUAUUAAUGCUGAACCGCUUGCGCGUUCCGAGAUUCAGAGAUAAACGGGACCCACCCUGCAACUUGCAGAUGUCUCGGAACGUGAAAGGGUUAAGAGGCACAACCCAAACCACAAAGAGCUAAAUUUUGACUUAAAACUUUCGUGACUGCAGGAAUUCAUAUUCUUUGGUUCUUUCGGUAAAGUCACGUAGAUAAAACAAAAAUGAUACAAAAUAUAAAUUUUAAAUAUUUUUUUAUUUUUUUUAGUAAAAAACGAAAAUGAUAAAAAGAAAAAAUAUUUUUUCUUUAAAUUUUUUAUCAUUUUUUUUUUAUCUACGUGACUUUACCGAAAGAACCAAAUAAUACAAAGAGCUAUUGCAGACAUAUAUAUACCCAUACCCGGGACGUGUGUUCCUGUGGGGCUGCAUGGGUGGCAGCAGAGAGCAGUGCAGUAAAAAUGCAUUGUUGCACAGUUCUUCUAUGCUCCCAACCCGCACUGGCCAGCCAGCAUGGUGCCGUAUGGUCAAAUAACCCCAAUGAUCCACGUGGCGUGGGGAGGCCCUUAUCGAGCAGUGGGUUGGCAAAAGGAAGGCGAAUGCGCGUGUCCACGAGUGUCGUUAACGGGACCAUCCUCACGCGGUUUACUGCGCGUUUGUGCAAAUUCUACCGACGGCAACCCCGCUCUGACAGUAAAUAAUCGGACAACCUCAAUCAUUUUAUGUUUUAAUUGUCCACGGCACGCAAUGUUGGAACCUGCCGGAUAUCGCUCGCGUCACCUCGUACGUGGUCUACGCCUGUGCACAGAGCUGUUUUGGUUUUACAAGCGUCGGCGCACCCCCCACCCCCCAAGUCCCUUCUCUGAGGCUUCAUCUCGUCGUGUUACGAAUAAAUUCGUUGAUUGAUCGCG